AUGUUAAAAAUAACAUUAUUAACUCUUUGCACACUUGCAUCUGUGGUCAGUAUAGCGGUUGAAGGUGUUGACUCAUUGGAUUCUCAACGUGGCCAGCGCUUUCCUCUGAUCGUCGACGAAGUAGAAGAAACAACCUGGCAAGCAGUGAGUCGUCGGUUGGGUGGACGAGAAAAUAAUAAUACUUUAGUAAGAAUUUGCGUAGGAGACGGUGUCAAUGCUCUAGGUCAGUCAGCGCUGGGAGAGUUGAAGCCGAUCGCCCUUGACGAGUCAUCAGUUAAAUUUUUAGAUCCAAAGAUCGAAGAAGACCGAAAAUUCAUCGAAGAGAUCCAACUGCUCCGCGCAAUCGCUCAACAUGUUCCUUCAACAGUCACUGCUAAUUCCAAGCCUGACAUUUACUGGCUAGUGGUGUCUGGAUUACAGCCCCUGAUUGAAUUGCACGGAAAAAAUUCUCAAACUGUUCAAGAAGCUUUCAAUUUACUUAACCGCGUACUCGAUGAUAUUUCUAACGCUUUUAUCGAAGUGUACAACGGUGACGUUGUCAUCGCCGCAUUUACAAAUGAUGCCAACAAAGUUAGAAAUACCAGAUCCGUUGAGUCUUUACGAGUUCGCCGUGCAGAGCCUGUGUCAACUGAAAGCUCAGCGAGCUCAGAAAAACCUCAAGAUUCAACUGCUACUUCAUUUACAUCCACACCGAAUGAGGAAACGAUGGAAGAUAAAUUGAAUUCCGAAGAAACUGAAAGUAAUAAAGGUGUAAGUGAAAAUACUAACCAACCCAUAAGUACAACCGAAUUAAAUACUAACACUAACGAACACACUGAUUCGUCGGAUGAAUUGAACUAUCAACACGAGGUUCAAUCAAUGACUGGUCAAGUUGAUAAACCAGUUGAGUUAAAAGACGUUAAUCUGGCUAAAAAAUACUCAGCCAACUAUCCGGUAAUCUUCAAUAUCUUCUUGUGGUUCAGUAUCAUCUUUGUCUUCUCUCUCAUCGCAAUUUGCAUUGCAAUCGCGGAUAUGGAUCCGGGACGCGAUUCAAUAAUUUACAGAAUGACUUCAAACAGAAUGAAGAAGGAUAACUAA